CUCGGCGAGGUAGGUGCUCGACCCGGACGCAGUUGGGAGAAUACAAGCGGCAGGCAGCUCGCCGUUCCCGCGUAACGUGGGCUUUUCAACUCCGUCGAGUUGUUUCCCGCGAGCGUGAGAGAGAUCACGCGGCGAGAACGAGGGGGCUGACGAGCGUGGUUCUCGGUGAUCGUGACGCAAAAGUGAAGGUGAUCCGCCGAGGUGAGAACUGAACGAAGACACCUGGUGACGCGAAGCUCGGGGCCCAUCGGGGAUAUAAUAACGCGAAAAAAAAAACUGACGUUCGAUAAUAUCGGUCGGCGCGCGUUUAGGUUCGUUGAACCCUUUCGUGAAUCUGCGGGUGCUGCGGCUGAUGCGAUUCGAGUGCGCUCGAGAGAGUGUAUCGGCUCCACGGCGGCCGCCGCUGCCGGAGGGUGAUGAUGCGCGUCGACUGAUUACGCGCGGAUUCUGUGUUCCACGCGCGAUAUCGAAUCAGCGCCGAUCUACGCGCGAGCGUUAUAUAUUGUUAUUCCACCGUGACAUACACGCGAGGGGAACUUGUGUUGUUCUGUGUCCCUUUAGUUUCCAGACACUCUAGACCGCGUCCUCGACAUUUCUGUCCGCUCGCGUGUAUAUUCAUCCUGCGUGUGUCGUGUUGUUUCCAGUGCACCCGGAUGUGGCGUCGAGAAGGAUUCGACGACAGAUGCACGCUUGAAGAGGGAAAGAGAGCGAGCACGUCGGUUUUUGUGUAGUGCGGUGUAUUUGGGAGCUCUUAAGUCGCCGAUUGCAUGUGGGUCACGAGUUGCAUUCGUCCCAGCUAAUGAGAUAAAAGGUCCGCCGUGUUAAGAGGAAGAAAAUGUGGAGCUCGGUUACCGCGGCUGGCACUGAAAAUGGACCAGCACCACCCUCGAGGAGCAAGCACAGUGCCACCUUACUUGCCGGUCACGUAUAUCUUCUCGGAGGCCGAAAUGGCAACCUACCUCUCAAAGAUCUCUGGCGAUACAGCCUUGCGGAGAGCAAAUGGGAGGAACUGCAUCCAGGCGGCGAACGACCGCCGGCGCUUCAGGAACACAGCACGGUGGCGUAUAAGGAUUGCCUCUACGUUUUCGGCGGCGAGCUCGGGUUCUCUGCCGGAACGGAAACGCCACUCUGGGUUUAUAACGUCAAGACAAAUAUAUGGAGAAAGGUGAGAGCUCAACGGGGUUGCGUGGUUCCUAGAGGUCGGAGAGGCCACACCGCCCUGGUACAUCGCGGACAAAUGCUCAUAUACGGCGGUUACCAAGACUUACGUGGAAGCUCCUCUGAACUCUGGGCUUUUCAUUUCGAAACUGAAUCUUGGCAUCUGCUUUCGUCGAGCGAAAGUGGGCCGGCCGCGAGACACAAGCAUUCAGCGGUUUUGCAUGGUGAUGCGAUGUAUAUUUACGGUGGGAUGACGGACCUUCAAGAAAGGAACGAUUGCUGGCGAUGGGACGUCAACAGCGCUUCGUGGUCCAUGCUGAAGAACAAACCAGGCCCCGGACCUCUUCAUGGCCACGCGGCAUGCAGACUGCCAAGUUGCAUGCUGAUCUUUGGCGGUGAGAGCGGCGGUUUGGCGACAAAUGAGCUUUGGAGAUUUCAUUUUGGUACAGAAACCUGGGAGAAAUUGACGAUAUCGGGGCCGAAACCGCAACCGAGAGCUGAAAGCGUCGCUCUCGCGGUGUCCGAAUUGCUGAUUCGAGGAACAGGCAUAGACAAUUCAAAAUCGAGGCCGAGAAACCAAAGGCCUAGGUUGUCGAGCAAUAGAAUAUCGCCGAACGAGGCACCCUCCGCCAGACCCAGUUUUCUCAGGGAAAUUUCAAAAUUAUCGCAAAUAAAUCUGUCGAGGCUCAGUCAUCCGACGAAGUGUAGUUAUUCAGUUCUCAGCGGACACGACGAUAAUGAAGAAAGCCCCCAGGAGGCCUGCAUGCAGGCAAACACAUAUUAUCCUUUUCAGCAAGUGGACGUCGAAGUGGUCGAACCCUCCACGGGAAUGGUGAAAUCUCGUAGUGCCAACACGCUGGCCCGCCGAAGACAAAAAGCGUCGGAGGGAAUGGCGAGGACGACUGACGUUAGCAAUACUAGCAAUACUUCUGGUAUGACCAGAGAUCCUAUUUCGGUGCCAAACUUUCGUGCUUUGACGUUACCAACCCCUGUUCUCACGCCUAUAGAGGCCGCUAGAUUGGUCUUCGUUGAUCCGGAUGAGAAUAGCGACAAUGAAGAGCGUAAGGAACCGCCCACGUCGAGACUGAUCGAGGUUCAAGAGGAAAGACGAGAUUUUGCAGCGGUACACCAAGCUUGCCAGCCCACCCGCGGCGAGAGUUACAGCUCGCAUCUCUAUGAAGCCGCUCUGCAAACGCCAAAAACUCCGACGACGACGAAAAUCCCUACUUCCGCCUCCGUUCGUUUCGCCGAUCUUGAGGAGGGUGAGGAAUCGACGUCGGAUUACGCGAGUAUCGAGGCGAGAAGUCCGGGCGAUCCGCUCGCGGAGGAUGAUUGGGUGUCCGGAAGAAGAUCGAAGCCGCACAGGCCGAUUGUCACUUCGUCGACGAUACGAGAGGGCCAGUUCGGUUUCUGUAAUCCGAAUUAUCUCGGCCUGGAUGAGACCAAACCUGGCCAUCACCACCACCACCAUCAUCAUCAUCAACAACAGCAGCAACAGGACGGAAAGUAUGCCAAGUUGCUCAACAGUCCGCCCGAUAGCGUAUUGGAGGAUGAACCUGGAAGAUCGGCUUCGCAGACGUUCGCAGAGCUCUUGGAGCUUCAGGAGAUUAGGAGGGUGCCCCGAGCGCCACCGAAGAGCCUGCCGUUGGGUUCGCCGUCGAGAAGAGCGGUGAGCGCGUCGAGGGCCGAGAGGCAAAGGGCAAAGGUGGCGGCAGUGGACGGGACCGACGCUAAAACAUCUUCCUACGGACCGGCACCCUUGUACGUUUUUUUGGUUGGCGGUAAAGAAAAGGGUCAAGUCACGGUGUUCGCCAGGCCGGUCUCUCUUUGGAAGUUACAGUUGGCGCCGCAUAUCUUCUAAGGAUGACCGAUGGUCCAUUUUAGCUGAGUCAUCCGCGCAUUAGUGAUAAGAAAAGCACGUACGAGAAGACUGAUGAUUAAGGGAAGCGUUCGUGCAGUCCAAUUUUUCCAAGUUACUGUGGUGUUUUACAAAUAUUCCUUGAUGGUAAAAUUGACGCUUGAAGAGAUCGAUUUUUUCGACGUUUAUCCUGAUUUAUUUUAUUAUUAACAUUAAAGUUAAACAUCGUUAGUUUUAUAUAUGUUGCGUUCUUCGUUACAGAGCGAAUAUGUCUUUUGUUGUAAUUGUUGACUUCUUUCGUUCGUUAAAGUUUGUUGAUUGCUAUUACCACUUACGUCAUAUCUUCUACGUUGCACUGUCAACGUCGAAAUCGAAGAAAUCGCGGAAGAGAAGUAUCGUAAAACAUGCCAAAACGUAGCCAUUGUUUCUGGCAAAUGCCGUCAAUGUAUCAAUGCGCAAUAUAUAUUUGAGAAGUACAUUUUAAAAUAUAGUAAAUUUUAUCGUGCAGAAAGUAAUCUAUAAUAACGUAAUCGCUGCUUAGGUGAGAAAUAUAGAGAUCAUCACUCUUGAUUUAAUGUGCCGAUAGAUAGGUAAAUAAGUAGAUAAAUACGUAUUUAGAAAAUCAUCAAAUAAAUUUAUAGGAAAUUAUUUUAUCGUAUUGUUGCUUUUAUGAAUCUUAUAUUUU